GUUUUGGUUAUUGUGAUUGUCAGCCAGCAGCUAAACUUUUGCAUAUUUUCAGAUUCAUUUAUUCAGCAAGCGAAACGUAAAUACGGCGAUAGAAGUAGACAUGCCAUGUCUGCGGUUAGUAGUGAACUGCAAGAUGUUGCGCGUAUUAUGGUAUCGAAUAUUGAGGAUGUGAUACACCGUGGUGAAGCACUGAAUAUUCUGGAAACAAGGGCAAGCGAUCUGUCGGAUAUAAGUAAGAAAUAUCGAGAAGAUGCGAGACAACUCAACAAGCGAAGUACUCUCUUCAAGGCGGCCGUAGCCGUUUGUCUUUUCGCUCUGUUUGGUUUGAUUGCUAGGUAUAUGUUCUUUUGA